AUGCCAGAUACUGCGUCCACGGGUUUUCAUUUGGGGUCAGAAUUUGAUACUGCGGAACCUUUUCAAGAGGCAAGCAACUACAACAACAACAACUACAACAACUACAACAACAACAGCGGCGACAACAGCGGCAGUGGCAGCAACGACAACAACCAUACUGCUAAGAACGUCGAUACCAUCGCACACGUGCAUAGCCAGUCCGACCCAGUUUCCCUGCCAGAAACACACGCUACAGUUUCUGAAGACACCAGCACAUCUCCGGUCCUCCAGCUCCAGUCGCAGGUCGAAAAGCAGUCUGACGCCAUCGCCCUGCUAAACGAAAAGCUCCAGCAGGUAGAGAACUCGACGUGCACCACAGACGAAGGACUCAACGAACUUUUGGGCAACCUUACAUCGUCCACCAGAAACCUAGCUUAUAACCAAAAAGUUCUCGAGAACAAGCUCGAGGACCUUUUCAAGAACCAAGUGAACACCGAUUCAUCGGUCAACGCCCUGCUAAACAAACUAGAUCUUGUGUCGCAGUCACUCAACAAGGCCGUGAAAUCCAACGCAUUCGCAGCGCCAGUUCCUCAACACACGCACAGAGGUCCCGGACGACCUCCUAAGACCAGAAACGGACUAGCCUCCGUCGCAGCUACACUUUCGAUGACUAGCAAGGAUUCUUUGCCUGACAGCAACGUCGGAAUUCCCCGUAGCAGACGCAUGUUCCAGGAUCCAGACUCAGCGCUUUCUAAUGAGCAACAAGCUGGAGGCCCUGGACUCACCAGAGCUACCAGACAGCAGCUCCAAGCCGGCGCACCUGCUUCCUCGACAUUGGACCAAGGUCUUCCUCCAGUAAAAAAGAGAGGUCCUGGAAGACCUCCAAAGAGAAAACACCACUGGGCCGAGAGAAAACAAGGAGCCUCAUCGCAGGCGCAGGAAGCCGAUGCGCAGGACACGCCUCACACUGAAUCCGAAUUUCAACAAGAAGCCGUCCCCGAGGAAGGUCAAGAUGUGGAAGAAGAGGAAGUUGACGAAGAGGAAGACUUUGACAACGAAGAUGGCGAGUACCGAGGCUCUGAUGAACCCAAGCUUGAGGAAGAAGAAGCGUUCAUAGCACAUUCUUUAGGGGAAAACUCUUCCGUGCAAGUCGAUGAUUCCUACUAUGAACAAAAAGAACCUCGUGGAAGAGGCCGUCCUAGCUCAAAGUCUUCUGAAAAAGCGAGUCCAAUGUCAAUGGCGCAGGUCAAGAUGCAACAAGAACUGGAACGUCGACGUGACGCGCGUGAACAAAUGCUUGUGUCCAUGAAAUACAGUGAUCGCAAUAAGGCCAAAAUAUUCAUGGAGUCUAACAAAGAUCUACUUAGAGCCAUGAGAGAAGAAGAAAGACGCAAGAGGAUGACUGCAUUCCACUAUGAUACUCACAACCAAUCUGGAGGGCCCACUCCUGGUAGUACGACUGGUAAUACCCCGUCACCUAAUGCCACACCAAGUGGGAGUAGCAGGCGGCCCUCUCAGUUCAUGCCUUUGUCUCAAGGAAACGCAGUUAAUUCUGCUCAUGAGAGUUUUCAAGCCGGAAACUCAGAAACCGGAAUUGAGUUAAAUGAGGUCGUUCGAGAAGAAGGAGGUGCCAGAACUCCCCACUCUGAAUCUACACAGGAGGCUACAGCAACUCCAACGUUAGCUUCGAUUGCUGCAUCAUCUGAUUACGCCACACCUGUUCCCUCACUCAUCCCAAGAAAAAUCGGAAUUUUGUCUAUGCUCAACGAAGAUGAAGGCGAAUCGUCGGGCAAUAAGCGCAAACUUCCAGAGCUUUACCAGAACGGAUUUGUAUCUGAUUUCCCAAAUAAGAAAGAAAAAUCUGAAGACGCAGGUAAUCGCGAUUUCCGGUCCAUAAUUCCAAUGUUACCAGAGAAAAAAGAUAAUAGAGGUCGUCCCGCCAAUAGCAGCAGCAGUGGAGACAACUCAACCGCAUUGUUGUUGGCGUCUCCUGUCGAGCUUAUAUGCCGCGAUGGAUUUUUCUACCGUAAGUCUGAUCCGGGACUGCCUAUCACUACCGGGACGUAUCUGGAAUUUAAAUUCAAGUCUAAGGAGGACGAUCUAAUUCGUUUAAAUCUAAGCCAGGCAGAUUAUGCUGAGCUCACUCGCCAGGACCGGAUAAAUGCCUACUUCUUAAAGCCGGACAUCGAGGCUGAGACAAAUUUCGCUUGUCGUCUUUUGAGUAAGAUCGUGUUGACAGAGAAAUACGUCAACAGUCUAGAGUAUUUUAUCAUGGAGUUUCGUUGGGAAAACAGGCUGGUCGGCUUAGGUCUCAAGCUACGGGAGUCGAAGAGAACAUGGCAGAGACGCAAGGCCUUGUUUGCACUCUUUGAGUUCUGGAGGGACAAGUCGCGCGAAAAGAGAGGUUUCAGAGGCUACACAAUGAUGCACGCCGUCAAAGAAAUGGAAAAUUAUCGGAUUUUCAUCAAUCGGUCUGUCUCGUGGUUCUACAACCACAUCACACUGCUCAAGAUGAUCUUGUAUGACUUGUGCGACAACACUGACACCCAAUGGAGAGAGUGGAUGUUCCCUAGAGGUGAAGAGGUACCUGUCCUAGGUGACUCUUUGACCGAAGACAAUUUGAAUGAGGCCAUUGACCAGGUCUUGGCUCUCGACUUCCUGGAAGACGGCACCGAUAAUCGUGAAAAUAAAGGACUUUCAUCGAGUGUUGUACUGGAAGAAAACGCAGUUGUGGAGGAGCCCAAGAGUGAAUGA